AGUACCGAGAGGAACCAUGCCUGAACCAGCCAAGUCCGCCCCGAAGAAGGGCUCUAAGAAAGCCGUGACCAAGGCCGCCGGCAAGGGCGGGAAGAAGAGGAGAAAGAGCAGGAAGGAGAGCUACGCCAUCUACGUGUACAAGGUGCUGAAGCAGGUCCACCCCGACACCGGCAUCUCCUCCAAGGCCAUGGGCAUCAUGAACUCGUUUGUGAGCGACAUCUUUGAGCGCAUCGCCGGCGAGGCGUCCCGUCUGGCUCACUACAACAAGCGCUCCACCAUCACUUCUCGCGAGAUCCAGACCGCCGUGAGGCUGCUGUUGCCCGGGGAGCUGGCCAAGCACGCCGUGUCUGAGGGCACCAAGGCCGUCACCAAGUACACCAGCUCCAAGUAGACCGGCCCGCCGAGACCAAGACAACACAACGGCUCUUUUAAGAGCCACACACUCCUUCUACUAAGAGCUCACGUUUCAUUGUUUGAAGUAAAUUACGUGGCCUUUAAUUCCCUAUUUCUUAUCA